AUGUUGGUCGGGUCUGCUGGCGUCUCGCGAAUGGAAUCGCAGGGUCUGACGGACUUUUGCUCGAGGUCGGACUGGCCGCUACUCGUCGGAACUGUUCACGAGCGAGAGAUGGAGGUUGACGGCGGUUGCUCGGUGGUCGGCGAUGGCAGGGAAAGCUCGUCGGGGAAAAAGCUUCAUGCUUAUUCGGACUCUACUUGGGCGAAUAAUCUAAUAGAUCGUCGUUCUGUCACUGGUUAUUGCAUUUUUCUUGGUUCUUCUCCUCUUACGUGGAAGUCCAAGAACCAGGUUGCUGCAUCACGCUCUAGCACAGAGGCAGAGCUUCGAGCACUUGCCUCUUCCACUUCAGAGAUUAUAUGGCUUCGGUGGUUGUUGGCUGAUUUUGGUAAUUCAUGUUAUGGUCCGCCACCUCUUCUUUGUGAUAAUAUUGGAGCUAUACAAAUUGCCAAUGAUCCUGUGAAGCAUGAGCUUACAAAACACAUUAGGGUUGAUGCUUCAUUUACCCGAUCUCAUUGCCAUCACAAAACAAUUGUUCUUCAGUAUGUGCCUUCCGAACUGCAAGUGGCAGAUUUUUUUACCAAAACACAAACUAGAGAACAACAUCAGCUUCAAUUGCUCAAACUUAAUGCUUCAGAUCCUCCACCUCCACCUCCACCUUCAGUUUGA